CAUACAUAUAGCAGUGAUGGAGAUAGAGGUGGCAGGGAAUAAUGAGGAAAUGGGAUGUAUUGUUGAGAGUGAUGGUAAGCAGCUUGUGAAUGAUGAUAUGGAGGGUGGUGGUUACUUGGUGUGGGAAGAUUUGAGUGUGGUGCUUCCGAAUACUAGUAAUAAGAAGCCAACGAGACGGAUAUUAAAUGGGCUGACUGGUUUCGCUCAGCCCUCUAGGAUCAUGGCCAUUAUGGGCCCUUCUGGUUCCGGAAAAUCUACACUUCUUGAUUCUUUAGCAGGAAGAUUAACUGGAAAUGCAAUAAUGACCGGAAACGUUCUUCUGAAUGGGAAGAAAAAGAGGCUAGAUUACGGUGCUGUUGCUUAUGUGACCCAAGAAGACAUAUUAUUGGGAACACUUACAGUCAAAGAAACCAUCACAUACUCUGCAAAACUGAGACUACCUGGUCACUUGACCAAAUGGGAAGUGAACGGAAUCGUUGAAGGGACUAUAAUGGAGAUGGGUCUGCAAGAUUGUGCAGACAAACUCAUUGGCAACUGGCAUUUGAGAGGCAUAAGUGGUGGUGAGAAGAAAAGACUAAGUAUUGCACUCGAAAUCCUAACUAAACCAACCCUCUUGUUUCUUGAUGAGCCCACGAGUGGACUAGACAGCGCCUCUGCGUUUUUUGUGGUUCAGGCUCUAAGAAGUGUGGCUCGAGAAGGUAGGAGAACAGUGGUGUCGUCCAUACACCAGCCCAGUAGUGAAGUUUUUGCACUUUUUGAUGAUCUCUUUUUGCUAUCUGGUGGCGAAACUGUCUUCUUUGGUGAAGCUAAAUUGGCCAUUGAGUUCUUUUCGGAUGCGGGGAUACCAUGUCCAAGUCGAAGGAACCCUUCAGAUCACUUCCUUCGUUGUGUCAACUCAGAUUUUGAUAGGAUUAACGCAACAUUGCAGGGUUCUCAAAGGCUACGGGACACAAAAAUCAUCUGCACUACUACUUUAGCCUUUUCGACAACAGCUCAGGUUAAAGGAAUGCUUGUUUACAAAUACAAAUCCUCGAAAUAUGCAGCAGCUGCAAGAAGCAGAAUCAAAGAAAUUUCAAACAUCGAAGGACUUGUAUUUGAACCAAAGAGUGGGAGCAAGGCUAGUUGGUGGAAGCAGCUAACAACAUUAACAAAGAGAUCAUUUGUAAACAUGUCUAGAGAUGUGGGGUAUUAUUGGUUGAGGAUAGUGGUGUACAUUGCUGUUUCUCUAUGCGUUGGUACGGUUUUUUAUGACAUUGGAACAAACUACCAUGCGAUGUUAGCCCGUGGAGCCUGUGGUGGAUUCAUUUCGGGUUUUAUGAUCUUUAUGUCCAUCGGAGGCUUCCCCUCAUUCAUUGAAGAAAUGAAGAUCUUUAAUAAAGAAAGGCUCAACGGGCACUAUGGUGUUGGGGUGUUCAUUCUUUCAAACUUCGUAGCUUCAUUGCCGUUCUUGAUACUAAUGUCAUUGAGCACCGCAUUAAUUACAUACAACAUGGUGAAAUUUCAUCCGGGCUUUGACCGUGAGAUGUACGCUUGCCUUGACCUUUUAUUGUCAAUUGCAGCAGUUGAAAGCUCCAUGAUGGUUAUCGCUUCACUUGUUCCUAAUUUCAUGUUGGGAAUUAUCAUUGGCGCCGGUUUCAUUGGUGUGAUGAUGAUGACAGCAGGGUUCUUCCGUCUUCUCCCUGAUCUUCCAAAGAUAUUCUGGCGAUACCCAGUUUCAUAUGUCAAUUAUAUGUCAUGGGCAUUACAGGGGGCAUACAAAAACGACAUGAUUGGAUUGGAGUUCGACUCUGAAUAUGAAGGUGCGCCAAAGCUUCCAGGCGAGUUCAUACUAACAUCAGUGCUUGGGAUUUCAGUUGACCAUUCAAAGUGGUGGGAUCUAGCAGCAGUUGUGGCGAUUGUUAUAUUAUACCGUCUGUUGUUCUUCAUUAUACUCAAGCUGAAGGAACGAGCAAAGCCGAUGGUCAGAGAGAUUUAUACUAGAAGAACCCUGCACCAUUUGAAGAAAAGAGCAUCUUUCAGGAAAACAUCACCAUUUCCUUCAAAGAGGCACCAACCUGCACUUCCAUUAUCAUCUCAAGAAGGGCUUAACUCCCCACUACACUAAAUGAAUCAUGUUUUGUUAGAAUGAUUCACUUAUUGGUGUUCAAGUUUGCAUGGUUACAAUAUUAUAUGAUGUGCCUUUAAGCUUGUAUCAAAAAAGUCAAAUACUUAUAUA